UUCGUGACGUGUAUCCUGGUACGAACUAUUCAAAACCCGUAUGGUCCUAUUUUUGCAUACAGGCCUUCAGAGUUAUGCCUGGCCGCCCAUAACAAUAUCCUUAUAAGUAAUACUCAUACCUCGCCGAAUUCUUACAAUACAGUAUAGACAAGAAUUUACUUUUGGCAUUGUAUAUUUUUCUGUAUUCAAACCUUUGUGUGUGUUGAUUCCUCGAUUUUCAGAUAAUGUGAUACGCUGCAGAACAUACGCAGCUGCUCCGGAAGAGCACCGGUUAAACCGUUUUCAAAAGGCAACAUAUUCAACACAGGUAAACAUUAUUCAAGGUGAAUUAGAGCCAAUAAUAUUUAGGAAAGGAAAUCAUGUCAAUCCGCGACGAAGAGCCGAGUGAAAAGAAAAGUUUGUCAGCUGAGGCAACUUUUCCCAGCAGUUACCCAAACUUGCAGGAAACAAAGUGGUCACACCAGGCAGCUCAAGGCUCGGAGAUGGAAGGGAAGAAAGCAACAACUAUCCGAAACGGUGGUGGAGACAUCGCCGCGGUAGGGCGUGAGAGGUGGAGCGGUCGACUAGAUUUUCUUCUUUCAUGUGUGGGAUUUGCUGUUGGGCUAGGAAACGUUUGGAGAUUUCCUUAUCUUUGUUACAAAAACGGUGGUGGUGCUUUCCUGAUUCCAUACUUCAUUUGCGCCGUUCUUGGAGGCAUACCGCUCUUUUUCAUCGAGGCUGCCCUAGGACAGUACACUUCCCUAGGAGGCAUCAAAGCAUGGAAAAUAUGUCCUCUUUUUCAAGGAAUCGGUAUUUCUACCUGUGUGAUUGCCUGGUGGUGCAAUAUCUACUAUGUGGUGAUCCUUGCGUGGGCGCUCUACUACCUAUUCAGUUCCUUCACCAGCGAACUACCAUGGGCACACUGUGGGAACAGUUGGAAUUCACACUUCUGCGUAGAAUAUGAAAAUAAUUUCACAUGUGUGAACGAGACGGUUUUCUCGAAUGACAGUCUGACUUUGAUUGAGGAGAUGGUGGCUGGUACCAAUUAUACAUGUGCUGAGUUCCUCAAGAGUACACCAGUGGAGGAGUUUUGGGAAUUAUCUGGAUCUUCAGCAUAGUCACCUGGGGUCCGAUGACUUACGAUGAGUACGAGUAUCCAGGAUACGCCGAAGUCCUAGGGUUCGGUAUGGCUCUCUCCUCAAUGCUGUGUAUUCCAAUAACCAUGAUCUACAAGAUUAGUACAGUCGACGGGCCUGUCUUAGAGAGAAUCAAAUUCUUGAUAGAGCCGUCUAUUACACCGCAGUCCGAGGAAUACUACGCUGAGGCUGAUGCCAGUGAAAUGGAGAAGUUUAAAUGAAGACUUCGUUCUGCUAGAAGCCUCAAAAGAGCUAUACCCCUUGCUGGACUUGAGCUCAAGAGCGAUCCCACCAGCAGCCCUAAAGUUUUUCUAGGGCACUGAAUCACUACGGGACGGGUAGUGAUUCAGCCCACUCACCUUUUUCUUUCCUUUUUCUUCUUUUUUCUUCUUCUUGUUUUUUUCUUUCUUCUUUUGGUUGUUAUUAUUUCUUUAACAGAAAUGUGUAGCUCAGUACACUUAACGUCUUCGCAAAUUGCAGCGUCAUAUAAAUUAAUUGAUAAUAAUAAAUGAUAUAUUUGAAAGAAGUAAUUAAUAACAAUGAGCUCAAGAACAAUCCCACCAGCAGCCCUAAAGUCUUUCAAGGUCACUGAAUCACUACGGAUAGUGAUUCAGCCCACUCACGUUUUUUUUUCCUUCUUCUUUUUUUUGGGUUGUUAUUAUUUUUUAACAGAAAUGUGAAGCUAAGUUCACUUUACAUCUUCGUUAAUUGCUGCGUCAGCAGCCCUAGAAUUUUUCUACGGAUAUUGAUUCAGGCCACUUAUGUUUUUAGGGUGUUUUCUUCUUUUGUUCUUGUUUUUUGUUUUUAGUUAUAAGGUACAUAAAUGUGAAGCCCAGUUCCCUUUAAUUAAUUAAUUAAUGAUACUAACAGUUCUUGUUUACCCAGGAUAGAGGCUAUCAGUAUUAAAGGGGGUGCGUCAUGACGAGACUAUGUGUCUUUCCCGUGGGCCUACUCGGGGCCAAUCGGAUAUAAUACGACUACGGUCGACGCGACCGCAGCAUUCAUGUGCGUGCAACAUACGCGAAACCGAAGCGUGAGGAGAAUUCUUAUGCAGAAUUGAAUUACAUUUCAGUUUCGUUGCGAAGAUACGAUCGAUUCCAGUGGUAUUUUGCUGCUGCCUUUAUCAUGUGAUACUUAAGAUUCGCUACUCAUUUUUACUUGUAUUGUAUAUAUUUGA